CAAACAAAAAUAAAUAGAAUCUAGUCUAUUUUUAGUAACUCAGCUUUCGAGUCAGAAACAAUAAUUUUUAUUAAAUUACAUUAGAUGACUUGUAGAUUCCAGUCAAGAUCUUAAAUAAAGCUAGACUACUAGGAUUUUAAUGUCAAUAUGUCAUUAGUAAGACAACCAUCUCUAAGUUCUCAAAUGAGUGAUCCCGGCCAAAGGAUAAAGUUUCUUGUAGACUAUGGGUCACAGGUUGAAGUGGACAAAAGUUUGGCAUUAAAACUAUACUUCAGAUCUGGUAGAGAAAUGUUGAGGAUGGCAAAUAUGUAUUGUGAUGACGGACAGUUGGAAAGUGCUUUUAUUUUAUAUACAAAGUUUAUAACACUGUUUGUAGAAAAACUACCCAAACAUCAAGAUUAUAAACAGUCACCCCCAGAAGAACUUGCAGAUUUCAAAAGAAAAGUGAAGAAAGUGUUUCCCUUAGCUGAAGAAAUUAAAUUAAAACUGAAAAAAAGGUACAUUGAGGAUGAAAAAAUAUAUUUGGAGGAACAGGCCAAACUGUUGGAGCAAAGAAAAGCAGAGGAAGAAAGGAGGAGGAAAGCUAUUGAAGAACAGGAGAGGCAGGAUGCUGAAAUGGCAAAAAGGCUCCAAGAAGAGGAGGAAGCAGGAGUCAGAAGUGAGCAGGAAGAGAGAUAUUGGAAACUCAGAAGACAAGAAGAAGAAAAAAUUAAAGAAAAUGAAAGAAAGAAACAUGGGUUGGGAGUUUCAGGUGUGCAAGAGCAGCAACCAUCCAUUUCUGAGGCAAGCGCUCCCGGGUAUGCUGAAGAAACACCUGAUGAAAGUCACCUGCCUGCUGUAUUAAAUAAUGGGGAAGGCGAAUUCAUUGCCGACCUGCCGUCUCCCCCAUCAUACUCCCAGUAUUUAACUGAUAUUAGUGCAAACCCACCCCAGAUUCCGGAUAGAGAGCUGAAAAAAAAAUUGACUAUAAGCAAUUCAAACCUUUUAAUAGAUAAGCCAUCUGUUGAUCGCAGUAAAAAGCCAGCUGUUGACCAUCAUAUGAGUUUGGGAGAGUUUGGAGGCUCUACGUUUAGAAAAGUGAUUUUACCAUCCCUGCUUAUGUCCGACUUUCUCAAAGCUGCUGAAUCUAACACUGCAAUGGAGUCAGAGACCAUGGGAAUUUUAUGUGGCACAAUGUCUCGCGGCUGCUUCAAGAUCACACAUUUGUUUAUUCCUCAACAAAAAGGUGGUCAUGAUAGUUGUGAUAUAGAAAAUGAAGAGGAGCUUAUUUAUUAUCAAGAAAAGCACAAUUUAAUUACACUAGGAUGGAUACACACACACCCGACCCAGACAGCCUUUCUUUCAAGUGUAGAUCUUCACUCACAUUUUCCUUGGCAGAAGAUGAUGCCGGAAGCUAUUGCCAUUGUUUGUUCUCCUAAAUUUCAAGAAAGUGGAAUUUUCAAGUUGACAGACCAUGGUCUAGAUGUUAUAGGCUCCUGUAAACUAACUGGUUUUCACCCUCACAGUAAAGAUCCACCUUUGUUUGAGAUAUGUAAUCACGUUGAAAUAUCUGACAGUGACACAGUGGUUGUUGAAGAUAGAAGGAAGUAGCUAAACAUAUGAUUUGCCUUUGUUUUUACCACAUAUAGAGCACAAAAUUGUU